GAGCGCACUUAAUUUUAGUUACGACUUCUGCAUUUAAGUUUGCGAUGAGGUGUCGUUGCCCAUAACUUUUUCACGUUUCUUUAAAUUAUUAGGCUACUGUAUUGUGCUUAAAACCAUAUUAGAAGCUUGGGCAGCAUCGGAAUAAAAAGCAUUGGCAUUUUUUUAUUAUUUUUUUUUGCCGUUUGCAAGGUGGGAACGUGAUUAAACUGUGUUCGCGCCGCUUUGCACAUGUCUCCCUGACGCCCGAGAGUGGAGUUUGGUUCCUGUGAGACAAAGUAUGUGUUGAAGAUGGACGAGGGAGCCAAGUUGCACCUGAAAGAGUGGCUGAUAACUCAGAUAGAGAGUGGGAGAUAUGAAGGGCUGUGCUGGGAGGAUGACAGCAAAAGCAUGUUCAGGAUCCCGUGGAAGCACGCAGCCAAGAAGGACUACAAACAGACGGAAGAUGCGGCUCUCUUCAAGGCCUGGGCUGUGUAUAAGGGCAAAUACAGGGAGGGAAGGGAUAAAGCUGACCCCACCAUGUGGAAGACCCGCCUCCGCUGUGCACUCAACAAGAGCACAGACUUCCAGGAGGUCCCUGAACGCAACCAGCUGGACAUCACUGAGCCAUAUAAAGUCUAUCGCAUCCAGCAGGACAACGGGCAAGCCAGGCCACCAGACUCUCCAAAGAUAAAGGAUCAAGUGAUUAUCCAGGCUAAAGGGUCUCCAAAGAGCCCUGGUUUUCUGGACAACCUGCUUCAUUUUCAGAGAGAAUCAUUUCAAACAAAUAAAGAAGAAGAAAAGCCAUUGACUGAUGAUCUGUUGAGGGAGCACAUGUACUGUGAAUUGACAGUAAAAAAACCUCAGGAUCAGGUCUCUGCUCCUAUUACCUUUCUCAGCUCUGCACUUUCUAUAUCAGACUUUCGCAUGCAGGUGAUGUUGUUGUACCAGGGCCAGAGGGUUAUGAAAGUGACCACCAAGAGCCCGGACGGAUGCUUCAUCCUGCAGGGCCGUGUUCCUUUGGGAAAUGAACGGAUCUACGGACCCUGCACUGCCCAGCAGUUUUCGUUCCCUUCCCCAGGUUCCGUAUCCCUACCGUCAUGCAUGGCUGAAGCAAUGAAUCGCCUUCUUUGUCACUUGGAAAGGGGUGUGUUAUUAUGGGUGGCCCCAGAUGGGGUGUUCAUCAAGCGGUUCUGCCAGGGUAGGGUGUACUGGAGUGGUCCCAUGGCCCAACACACUGAUCGGCCAAACAAACUGGAGCGAGAAAAGACCUUCAAACUGCUUGAUAUUCCCACAUUUAUCAGUGAGCUUCAAAGCUGUUUACAGGGCAAGGGACCUACACCUUCUUAUGAGAUUGAGCUCUGUUUUGGAGAGGAGUAUCCAGACCCCAACGUACCGAAAACCAGGAAGCUGAUCGUUGCACAGGUGGUGCCAUUGUUUGCAGUAGAGCUCCUCCAGAGGUUCAACUUGGGAGAGUCUGAGGAGAAACGGUCGGCUCUCAGCUCCAACACAGAGGGUGAGAAGAUCUAGGAAGAGUGCGAAAAGUUCCCCUGCACCAGGGCGAUCAUGAACAAUAUACAAAUAGAUUACUGUAGCUUCAUCCCUUUCCUGGCAUCAUCGGGAAAGACGUCCUACGAACAGAGCAAAAGAUACAGAGUAUCAUCAGUGGAGAUAUAUAUAUGAUUAAGAAAUGAUGGAUGUGCUGCAGUGUAAACCUUAUGGCAAUGCAAGAAGUAAAAUUCAAAGCAAUAUUCUUUAUUUUAUACCUUAGAUUGAUUUUUUUUUUUUUUGUCCCGUCCAUCAUGCAGCUAGACUGGCAAGAGUUGUCAGCUGUUGUUAAAGAAAUGUUUUGUUUAAACCAAUAAAACAUGCUGAUAACAUCUUAUUAAUGUAAACAUUUCUCCUGCAUUUUUAUCUUAAUCUCAUAUUCAGUAUGCUGUAUGCAUUGAAUGAUAAUUUAAGUGUAUACUACUUUACAACACAUCCAGAGA